AUGGGUGCUGCCCCACACUUACGGCUCCUGCCCCACACUUGUGGUUCCUGCACUUCACUUGUGGGUCCUGCCCCACACUUAUGGGUCCUGCGCCACACUUGUGGCUCCUGCCCCACACUUGUGGGUCCUGCCCCACACUUAUGGGUCCUGCCCCACACUUGUGGCUCCUGCCCCACACUUGUGGCUCCUGCCCCACACUUAUGGGUCUUGCCCCACACUUAUGGGUCCUGCCCCCCUUUCCAGCCCUACCGCGUCCGCGGCUGCAUCCUGACCCUGGUGGAGCGAAUGGACGAGGAGUUCACCAAGAUCAUGCAGAACACGGACCCACACUCGCAAGAGUACGUGGAGCAGCUGAAGGACGAGGCGCGGGUGUGCGGGAUCAUCGCCCGCCUGCAGCGGUACCUGCAGGAGAAGGGGUCCCCCGAGGAGCUGUGCCGGGUGUUCCUGCGCCGCAUCCUCCACACCUAUUACAAGUUCGACUACGGGGAGGGGCAGAUGGGGGGUGAGUGUGGGGGGGAUGGGGGGUGGCUAUGGGGUGGGUGCGCCGGCGGCGAGGACUCGGCGGCCCUCAUGGAGCGCCUCUGCAAGUUCAUCUACGCCAAGGACCGCACGGACCGCAUCCGCACCUGCGCCAUCCUCUGCCACAUCUACCACCACGCGCUGCACAGCCGCUGGUACCCGGCCCGAGACCUCAUGCUCAUGUCCCACCUGCAGGACAACAUCCAGCACGCCGACCCCCCCGUGCAGAUCCUCUACAACCGCACCAUGGUCCAGUUGGGCAUCUGCGCCUUCCGCCAAGGCCUCAUCAAGGACGCCCACAACGCCCUCUUGGACAUCCAAUCCUCCGGGCGCGCCAAGGAGCUUUUGGGUCAAGGCUUGCUCCUACGGAGCCUCCAGGAGCGCAACCCCGAGCAGGAGAAGGUGGAGAAGAGGCGCCAGGUGCCCUUCCACAUGCACGUCAACCUGGAGCUCCUCGAAUGCGUCUACCUGGUGGCCGCCAUGCUCCUGGAGAUCCCUUACAUGGCGGCGCACGAGUUCGACGCCCGCCGCCGCAUGAUCAGCAAGCAGUUCCAUCAUCAGCUCCGCGUGGGAGAGAGGCAGCCCCUGCUCGGACCCCCGGAAUCCAUGCGCGAGCACGUGGUGGCCGCCUCCAAGGCCAUGAAGAUGGGGGAUUGGCGGAGCUGCCAUCGCUACGUGGUCAACGAGAAGAUGAACGGCAAAGUGUGGGACCUCUUCCCCGAGGCCGACAAGGUCCGCGCCAUGCUCGUGCGGAAGAUCCAGGAGGAAUCGCUCCGGACCUACUUGUUCACCUACAGCAGCGUCUAUGACUCCAUCAGCAUGGAGAUCCUCUCGGCCAUGUUUGAGCUGGACCUCCCCACGGUGCACAGCAUCAUCAGCAAGAUGAUCAUCAACGAGGAGCUCAUGGCGUCCCUGGACCAGCCCACGCAGACGGUGCAGAUGCAUCGCACGGAGCCCACCCCCCAACAGAACCUGGCCCUACAACUGGCCGAGAAAUUGGGGACCCUCAUGGAGAACAACGAGCGCGUCCUGGACCACAAACAGGGCUCCUAUGGGGGGUACUUCCGAGACCAGAAGGACGGGUACCGCAAAGGGGAUGGAGGAUACCUGAGACGCGGCGGCUACCGGCAACAGGAACGAGGCUCCAACUACUGACCCAUAGCGCCCCAUAGCCUGCCCCAUAGCGCCCUAUAGCCUGCCCCAUAGCCUGCCCCAUAGCCUGCCCCAUAGCGCCCCAU